CCACCGGGGUUGUCUGUCUGUCUCUUUCUAAACCUUUGGUUAACUUACGAGGGAAGGAACGUCGUGUUGACUACUCGAGUCACUGCCCGAGUCUGUGCCCCGCCGAGUGUCCUGUCUACCGAUAACGAAGGGAUCAUGCGCAUGAACGCAUACACACAUAUCACGCGCGCGCGUGACCUUUUAUACAUUACUUAUCUAACACAUACUCUGAGUGCUUGCGAACUAUACAGCCGAUUCGUAAUUCUCCUAUAGCUUAACCCCCACACUAUCGGACUAUAUCAUAAAGAAGCAAUUUUUCUUUUUCUACCCUCUUUUAAUUGCUUUCGAAUAUGAUCGGAAAGAAAUGAAUAUAUGGCUUCUAAAUAUUUCUAUUUAUUAGAGCUAUAUUUAUUUAUUUAUUUAUAUUCUUGCAACGGAAGUGCACCGGUGGAAACGAUACAAGAGAGAAGUAAAACCGACGAAGAUGUGACUAUGGAUUUAAUUGUACCUGGACUGAAUUACUUUCUUUCUCUAUAUAUGCGUCUAAGGAAAAUUAUAUUUCAACAAGUUUUAAUGGAAGGAGAUACAAAAAUUAAGCAAGUAUGCCGAGUUUGCGGUGGUACACAAUUUUCCAAGGAAGCCGGUUAUUUUUAUUGUGAAAUCUGUCAAACACAAAAUGAGGAAAUAAGAGAAGAAGUAUUGGAAAUUCGUGCAGAUCCAACUACGAAACUGCGAAAGAUUACAAUAAAACAACAGAAAGACCGAAAACAUGGUGAAAAUCAAGGAUGGACAACAUGGGAAAUAUAUAAUUUUGUUUUAAUUGGAUUAACCGAUGAACUGAUUGAACUUGGUGCUUCGCCGGAUAUAAAAUUGACUGUGCUACAAUUAUGGGCAGCAUAUUUAAACAAACUCGAAGUUGCAUUCAUUUCGAUAACUAAGAAAUGUAUACCAAAACUAUCUAAAAGAUAUCGUAAAAAAGAUGCAGAAAUCAUUUAUGGCAAAGUUCGAUCACAAAGGAAGAUUAGAAAACGGAAUAGAACAAAUAUAAAUAGUGCAAGUAAUUCUAUGAUUUCUGGUACUCAAAGUGAUGGUGGUUCACAAAUGUUACAUAGAAACAAGAAACUCAUGAUAAAUGCAGAUUAUGAAAAAUAUAUGAAAUCUCAAACAAAUUCUGAUGCUUUUAGUGCAAUUACUCAAAGUGGUUACAGCUCUGAUGGAGGAACAUCAAUUGAAGCAGAAGGAAAGGUAUCCUUUAGCAAACAUGCAAAAGAGGAAUCUAAAAAAAUAAAAGAAUUAUCCAAAAAAAUUCCUUAUGGAAAAAGGAUUAAAUACAGAGAAACACAUAUUACUACUCAAUAUAAAGCAGGACCAUAUAUAAUUACAGCAAUGAAACUGUGGGCUAUUGUUUAUCUUGGCCUAAGAAUUCAUAAAGAACCAAUACAGUUAAGUGAUAUGUUAAGAUAUGCAAGAGAGGGUCAUAUGUCUUACUAUAGAUUAGAUCAUUUAGUUCCAUCUGAAGUGAAACUGUCUCAGAAUGAUGUGAAUUUUUUAACACAAAAUACAGAGAUAACCCAUAAGGGUAUGAGAAGGAUAGCUGCAAGUAUGGCAAAAUUUAUUGGAAUUAAAAAAAUGAGUUGUCCAAAUCUUUUUCCACUGAUCAGUCGUUAUUGUCAGGAAUUAGCAUUACCAAGAGGAGUAUUACUAUAUGCUGAAAGAUUUAUUGCUCUCUCUCCUCCAACAAUGCUUUUUGAUUUUAAGAGGCCAUACAUCCCUAACUAUGAAGCACGUGCCAUGGCAUUUAUUAUAGUUGUAUUAAAAGUGUUAUUUGGAUUGGAUGGUAUAACAGAGAAUAUUAUUAGUAAGACUGCAGAACAUAUUAAUAAUGUAGCCAAAAAACGAGAUGUACUUGAUAAAAAAUUAUUUAGUUUUUGUGAAUGGCAAAGAUACAUUGAAUGUAGGAAAAAUAUUUUAGUAAAUAACCAUUUUCCAACAAAAUUGAAAUACAAUCCAAGCAUACCGCUAAAAAAUCAUAUGUAUUUUAAAUUUUUGGAAUUUAUUAAAUCAAAAAAAGAUGGAGAAACUCCAGAAAUAACUAAUUAUAAGCAUCUUUUUCCACGAGAUCUUUCUGAUGCUAUGAAACGGUGUUUUGAAAAAUUAAAUCAAGAUAACACACCAUCAGAAGACAUGACAAUAUUUACUCCCUCGUUAACUCCUUUUUAUUCUUAUCUUCAACAACUUUAUGAUAAUGCCUCCAACGAAUUUCCUGAUAUAUUAAAAACUGACUUUUAUGUAACAAAAGUUGGGUACAUGACUCAUGUCAAAGAUUUUAAACAACUUGCUGCACAAUGUAAUAUAAAUUUGGAAAUUAUAGAUUCUAGAUCACAUUUUAUCGAUAAAAUUGUACCUUUCUUUGAACCAAAUAAGAUGACAAAUUUGUUGGAACUUAAAGAAGAUGUUCGAGUACAUGAUUAUAUUGUAUCAAAAGAAGAAAAUGUAAAAAAGAUAGAAAAUUUUGUUAGUUAUAUGGAUAAAAAUAUACCUUGCUAUACUAGAAUUAACGAUACAAAACUACAGCAUUUUGAUGAUGUACAAAGUUCGUUUAAAAAGAUAACAAAUUUCGAAUGUAAUGAUCAUAAUGAUUUUAUAUUUGGAGAUGUUUUACCAAGUGGUAAAUUAUUAAUACCCAAAGAAGAUAAUUCUGAAUCGGAAGAUGACGUAUUAUAUCCUAAAGAUACUGAAAAAAAAACUGAAUUUAUGAAUAUAGAAUUUUAUCAGAAAUAUAAUAUUGAAUUAACACAUUAUGAACAAGAAUCAAUGCUUAAACCACAAAAAGAGGAAACUGUUGAAGAUUUUAUGAAACGUAAAAUGCAUCAAUUUCGUGAUUCAAAAGGAAAAUUUAUAAAAGCUGUAGAAGUAAAAAAAUUUAUGAAUAUGUAUAAUUUCAUGAAUCCUAAUGUAAUAGAUAAUUUUAAUUUCUAUGAAUUACAUAAUUUUACUGGAUUAAAUUUUGAUGUUAGCCUGAAUCAAUCUGAUAAUCUUGAAAUGGAUAUAUUCAAAGAGUCAUAUGAUAUAUUGGAAGAACAAAAACAAAUACUUGAUAGAGAAUAUAAUUAUAGUGACAAUUUAAAAGAUUUGGAUGAUUGUUUAGAUUUAUUUGAUAUAUCUGAUAAUUUAGAUGAAAAUCAAGGUAUCAAUGAAACAAAUUUUCCUUUAAAUAAGGACAUAGAUUCCAUCGAACAAAAACUUGAUAACAUGAAAUUUUACUGUCCUUUUCAAGAUUACUGGAUGUAUCACUGUAUAUUCAGUCGUGUCAAAGGGAAAAAUUUUGAAUUAUUUGAAAAAAUUUUACCAAGAAGUUUUCGUUGGUUAUUAAAUGAAGCUGCGAAUAUUUUAGAAAUGACUACAGAAGAUUUAUAUGAAGAAAUCUGCAUAAUAGAAAGUUUUUAUUCACAAAUUUUAAAUCCUGAUGAUGUACUUGAAGAUUCUACGAGAUUACAUCGCAGUCUCAUUAUUAGUAAAUGGUAAAAUUUGUAUUAUAGUUUAGGCAACUGUAUAUAAAAACUUAAUUAUAUAUGUAUACACAAACGAUAUACAAAUAGAUUUUAUAGAGUAUAUACUUAGUUUUAUCUAUCUAAUCUAUUUGUUAUAUUUUAUUUUGUUUGUAUACAAGAUUGAACGUGGUGCUAUAUUUAUA